AUGGACUUUAGCUUUCAGUUCAAUGGUAAAAAUGAGGAGUCAAUUUUAAUUAGUUCAGAAGAGUAUUACGGUAUAUCUUUUUUGGGUGGAGACGAUGACGAAGACGAUGUUUGGAAUGAGUCCCUAACGGGUGAAUUAGGUGAUGAAAUAGAUGGGAAUGGUCAUAGUUGGGAUCUGGUUACAUGUGAUGGUGGUGUUACCGGGUUUCCUUCCGUGAAAGACUUUGUGGGGAAAGAAUUUAGUACUGUGGAAGAGCAAGGUUCAAGGCAUGAGAAACACUAUGAUCGUCCUGAAAAGGUUUGCACAGAUUGCAAGGCAAAAUUGAAAAUUUACUACGAUGCACAAGGCCAUCUAUGGAACGUCAGGAGGAUCGAUCACAAUCAUAACUACCCUCUUGCCCUAACUAUGUUUAGCCAUCUUCAUCCUAGUCAUCAGAAGAUGGGUCACAUUGGAAAGGCUCAAGUUGAUAGUUUGAAAAAGUUGGGGAUUGCAACAUCGAGAAUUAUGGCUCACAUGGCCAGUCAGUCAGGUGGCUAUAGGAUGCUUCGGUUUAUAAAAAAGGAUAUCUGUAACUAUGUGCAUGGCUAA